AUGAAUGAGGAGUUUGAGAAAGGCCGCAUCAAGGAGCUCCAGCAGCAACGGAUGUUUGUGCAGAAAAAAACCUUCACUAAUUGGAUAAACCAAAUCUUUGCAGCAAACAAGGUGAAUAUUUUCAUUACUGAUCUAUUCACUGAACUGAAAGAUGGGGUUGCCCUAAUUUCACUGCUGGAAUCCAUCUCUGGAGAAAAGUUGAACAGACCGAGCAGAGGAAGAAUGAGAGUCCAUUACCUGGAGAACAAUAGCAGGGCCAUUGCUUUCCUGAAAACCAAGAUAAAUUUGGAUCUGAUUGGUCCUGAAAACAUUGUGGAUGGUGACUGCACCCUAAUCCUGGGUCUGAUCUGGAUGAUUAUCCUACGCUUUCAGCUUGCCUCCAUCACACUCGAAGAGGAUGAGAUUGACUCCAGCAGUGCCAAACGUUCUGCUAAGGAGGCUCUGCUGAUUUGGUGCCAGCGAAAGACAGCCGGAUAUGAGAAUGUUGAUGUUCAGAACUUUUCCUCGAGCUGGAAAGAUGGAUUGGCCUUCAACGCACUUAUUCAUGCUCACAGACCUGACCUGAUAAAUUAUAAGUCCCUGAAACAGAACCAGCAGAUACGUAACCUAACUAACGCCUUCAAUGUCGCAGAGGAGAAACUGGGCAUUCCCAAACUCCUAGACCCAGAGGAUGUGGCUGUCUCUCAUCCAGACGAAAAGUCCAUUAUGACCUAUGUAUCUCAGUACUACCAUUACUUCUCCAAAAUGAGGGAGGGUCAGACUGUACAGAAGAGGAUUAUAAAGAUUAUUCAUCUGCUGAAGGACAUUGAAGAUCUCAAACUCGAAUACCAGCUAUUGGUGUCUGACCUGCUCCAGUGGAUCAAAGACAAAGUGAAUGAGCUGAAUGACCGUCACUUCCCCAACUCAUUGACUGGCAUGCAGAGACUGGUGGCAGACUUCAAAACCUUCCGCACAGUGGAGAAGCCACCAAAGUAUCAGGAGCGAGGAGUCAUUGAGGCUCAACUCUUCAACAUCAAGACCAAACUGAGAGCCAACAACAUGAAACAAUACAUCCCUCCAGAGGGGAAGACAUUGAGCGACAUUGAGAGGCACUGGGGCAAUCUGGAGAAGUCUGAAUACGAGCGGGAGAAGGCUCUGCAAAAGGAGAUGCUGCGGCUGGAGAGGCUGGAGCAGCUGGUGCAGAGGUUUAAGAAGAAGGCCAUGCUGAGGGAGGCUUACCUCACUGAGAUGAGAUCAGUUGUUGCCAAACAAAAUGUCAAUGUGAAGAGCAUAGCGGAGGCUGAAGCUGCCACCAAGAGGCUGGAGGCCAUCAGUACUGAUGUGUUUUCCAGGGAGCAGAGAUUCAAGGCUCUGGCUGAAAUGGCACAGGUCAUCAAGAGAGAGAACUACCAUGGCAAGAUUGAGAUAAUGAAGAAACAGCAGGAUGUUGGGCGUUGCUGGCAAGAUCUCCUCCAACAGCUUCACAAACACAGAGAAUCCCUGAACAAGAUGGCAGCCACACUCACCUUACUCCGAGAUAUUGACGGCAUUUACCAAGAAAUAAUUACCCUUCAGCCAGUGGUAAGUUCGAGUGAUUAUGGCAAGCACCUGUUCGAUGUGGUGGACAUGGUACAGAAGCACAACCUGAUUGAUUCUCAAAUCUCAUCUCAUGGAGAAACCCUGAAACACGUCAACCAGAGAGCUGACAGUCUCAGGAGGAGCAGUGGGCUGAACACUGUCCUGGUUCAGGAUAAACUCAGGGAGCUCAAUGACCUUUACAGCAACCUCCUAGAACUCAGCAAAGCCAGACAUUCUAAACUGGAGCAGCAACAGCAGUUGUUUGAGUUUUUCCGGGACUGUGAAGAGGAGGAGUCAUGGAUCUAUGAAAAGUGGCAGUUUGUGCGGACAGCCACGUUAGGGCGCGACAUCACCCAGAUCACUGUGUCGAUUCAGAAACACAAGGCCCUGGAGUCUGAGUUUAAUUGCCACCAGUCCAUCUGUUUUUCGGUGGUGAGGAGGGGCCAGCACCUGUACCAGCGGAGUAUGGACUGCGAGAAGGAGGUGAGGAGAUGGGUCAUCACCCUCCAGAAACAAUGGCAGCUGUUAAAGGACGAGUUGACAAACCGGAGCACACGGCUGCAGGCUGCACUGACUAUAAAGCAGUAUUUCGCAGAUGUCGAUGAGGCCCACUCCUGGCUGCUUGAGAAAAAGCCUCUUCUGCAAAGUGAGGAUUGUGGGAAGGAUGUGGCCAGUGCUGAUGCCUUCCUGCAGCGUCACAUGCGCCUAGAGAAAGAAAUUGCAGCAUAUUCUGGUGAAGUGAAGAGACUCGGGGAUCUGGCAACAGUGGCUAUGCAGCAAGUUCCUUUAACAAUGUGUCAGGCAGAGAACCAGGAUAGAAAAGAACCUGAGAGCUGCUCAUCUGAUGAAGAAGGAGAAAGAUUGUGGACCAUGAGGGGAGAACGUCCUCAAGCAAGUGCAACCAUUAGCUCCACCAAGGCUAAUAUUCUAGAGACUAGGAGAGCCCAAGAUAGCUGGCAGCCGCUGAACACAAGAGGGAAGGUGAGAUCGGUGCCUGUGGUGUCCAGCACUGUGAGCAAGCCAACGGUGGGAAGUGAGACCGUCACUGACCAUUCCAUCGAAGACAGUCCGACAAGGAAGGUCAGCAAGCCGCGAAGGAGCCGGUCGAUGCGCCGUGGGACAACUGAGAUCCAAUUCUCCUCACAGAGCAGGGCUGAAGAGGACUUCAGCAAAGCAACAAUUGAGGACAGCCAUAAAACCAUCAACUCGUCUUAUGCCGAUCUCUGCCAGCGGACCGAGACCAGAAGGAAAAACCUGCAGGAAAUGAUCCAGCUUUACCAGUUCUAUAACACCUGCAAUGACUUUGACUCCUGGAUGAAUGACAAGGAGAAUGGUUUCAAAACCUUUGAGCCCAAGUCAAACAAUGUGGAGGUCAUGCAGAGGAAAUAUGAGAACUUCUUGACAGAAUUGGCUGCUGGGAAAGGCCGACUGGAUGAGAUUAACCAAUUGGUGGAUGAGUUUAUCAAAAAUAAACACAGCAAGGAGAAGCAAAUCAGAGCAAAGCAGCAGCAAAUUCAUAAAAGGUGGGAUCAAAUGUUAAUUUUGAAAGAGGAGAAAGGGAAGGAACUGAUUGGCACAGCAGAUGUCAAAUCGUUUCUCCAAAAGUGCCAGGACACGACAGCCCAGCUGCAGGAUAAGAUCAUCCAGCUCCCCCUCACUGAGAUCAGCAACAACAAAAAGGCUGUGGACGACGAGAGGCGCAAGCAAAUCAUGGCUGAGCGGGAAAUCCACGUACUAGAAACCAGAAUCGAAUACCUAACCAAAAUGGGUCACUCAAUUCAGGGCACCAAUCCUGCAGAGAGUGCUGCUAUCAUGGAGCAGGUACGUGAGAUGGAAGCACUGCUGCAGAGGGUGAAGACUCAGGCCUCAAGGAGAAAACAGCUUCUGUCGGACGCCUACAACCAGCAGCUCUACAGCCAGGAGAGCAAAGAGCUUCUCCUAUGGGCUGGCAGCAUGAAAGACAAGCUGAACAGCAAGGAGAUGGGAUUUGAUGUGGUCUCUGCUGAAAACCUUCUGAAGGAGCAUAGUGAUCUGUUGCUGGAGAUCAACCGACAGAAAAUCAAGUUCAAGGAGCUGCAUGACCUGGGGAAUCGAGUAAUAAAGACAAACUCUGCUGCUGAUGUUCCUCGAAUGAUGCAGAAAAUGAUAGAUGUGCAGGUGGAGCUGGAGACUGCAUGGAAGGAACGAAAUGAGAAGCUGCAGGAAGGACUUGAGCUGCAACAGUUUAACCGGGAGGCAGAUCGUAUUGAGGCAACAUUCUCUGGUCAUGAAGCCUUCCUGAAAAUCAGUGAUCUCGGGGACAAUGUAAACUCUGUGAGCAGCUUGCUGAAGAGACAUGAAGACUUUGAGAAUGUGCUGAAGCUUACAGAACAGAGGAUUCAGGGGCUGCAGGACAAAGCAUCCAAACUCACCCAAAAUAGCAACUAUACCAACAACACGAUCCAGAAGAGGGUGUUUCUGAUCAACGACAGAUGGAAUGACCUAAACUGGAGCAGUGACUUUCGGAGGAACAGGCUGUUCCAGUCACAGAAACUCCAGGAAUUUUAUAGAGAUGUAGCUGAGCUUUUAAUGUGGAUUGAUGAAAAGUAUGAAAUUGCCUCAGAUGAAUCGUAUCGAGACCCAACGAACAUCCUCCGCAAACUGAAGAGACACGAGGCUGUGGAGAAGGAAGUGAUGGCAAACAAAGUUCGAGUGGAGGACCUGAAGAAGACAGGCAACAAUCUUAUCCAGGAAAAGCAUUACGCCAGGGACGAUGUCAAAUCCCGACUUGUGGCAUUGAUGGAGAAGUGGACACAGCUCCGCAAUAAGCUGGUGGAGCGUGGGGACAAAAUGAGGCAAGCUGGACAACAGGAGCAACUCAUGGAGCUAUUGCAGGAUGCCAAAGCAAAGCUUGAACAGAUUGAGAAGAUGCUCCAGAACAGCGAUACGGGUCAUGACCUGCGGAGCAGCCGACUCCUGCUCAAGGAACACCAUUGGCUGGAAAGCAACAUGUGUGAACUCGCAGAAAAAAUGAAUGGCAUUGUAAAUCGGGCCAAGAAGGUGGCGACAGAUCACUUUGACUCACAGAGUAUACUGGAACAGACUCAGAAACACCUGGAAUGGUUUGAAUCACUCCAGAACCCACUGGGACAGCGAAGGAAAGUUCUGGAAGCGACAGUGGCUCUGUAUGAGUUCUACCACUACAGUGACCUAGAGUUGAAGUGGAUUGCUGAGCGCAUUCCAGUCGCCAAGUCGGGCAACUGUGGCAAAUCACUGGACACGGCACAAAGCCUGCUACUGAAGCAGAAGGAGCUUCAGGUUGAAGUGAACACUCACACACAGCAAGUCCAGAAGGUGUUGGAGAUCGGCAAACAGAUGAUCAACUCCCAGCACCACAUGGCCCAGGGCAUUGCGGGCAAGUGCAAGGAACUGCAGACCUGUUGGGAGGAGCUGGAGUGGGCCUGCGACGACAGGAGGAAAAAACUACAGCAUUCAGUGCGGUUCCACCAGUUUCUUGCAGAUGCCUCAGAGCUGGAAGCCUGGGCAGCAGAAAAGCAUCAGCUUGUCUCAAGUGAGGAUUACGGGAAGAAUGAAGCUGUCACUCUGAAGCUUAUUAAGAACCAUAAGGCUUUGGAGCGGCAUAUCCAGGAUUACGAAGGCCUUGCAGAGGAACUAGACCGGAUUUCUAAGGAUCUUCCACUCAGAGGACUCAUCACAUUUGACAUGGUGGAUGAGCCUCAGGAACAGAUUCAUCAGCAGUUUAAGAAACUGCGAGAACGUGCAACAGUCAGGAUGAAGAAAUUAGAAGAAACGUUGGGAUUCCAUGAGUACCUGCGAGAAAUUGGGGAACUUGAGGCGUGGGUCACACAGCAGAAGCAAACUGCCAGCUCUGAGGACUAUGGGAAUGACUACCAACAUGUGCUGCACCUGCGGGCAUUGUAUGAAGCUUUCCUGCAUCAAUUGGAGGCCGGUGAAGAGAGGAUCCAGAAUGUCCAGGCCUUGGUGAACAAGCUGGUUGACAAAUGUCACCCUCAGUCCCAGGAAAUCUCACAGAGACAGGAUGCACUAAGGGAUUUAUGGAGCAUUUUACAGGAAAGGGCUCGGAUCCGUGGACAGAAGCUCUGUGAUGCGGAAGCAGUUCACAAGUGCAGCCAAGAUCUAUCAGACGCUCUGACUCACAUCGAGGAGAAACUUAAAAGCAUUCCUGAUGAAAUUGCGAAGGACCUGCGGGGUGUUCAAGCACAACUUCGGACACAUGAAGCAUUGGAGCAUGAACUGUCUGGGGCUGAGCAGCGGAUGCAAGAGUUGGUGGAUGCAGCCGAUGAGGUCCUGCACCGAUGCACGACCCUGCAGAGUGCGGCCCUGCAGGACAAGCAGCAGGCAGUUGUGGAAAACUGGGAGAGUCUGAGGGGUAAAGUGGAUCAGCGGAGGGAAGACCUGCAGCAGGCCUGUAAAAUCCAAAGGUUCCUGGCGCUGGUGCGAAAUUAUUGCUCCUGGUCGGCUGAACUGAUGAGGGAGAUGAAAGUGGAGGAAAUGACACGUGAUGGUUCCAUGACUGAUUUGAAACGAACCCAACACCUGCAGCUCCGGGCCGAAAUCGAUGCCAGGGAGGAGACCUUCAAUCAGGUGGUCACCCUGGGCCAUGAGAUCCUGCAGCAGGAGUCCUCCACCCCUAAAGAUAUCAAAGACAAGGUUCAUGCUCUACAGGAUGAGAGAUCGGGCUUGUACCAUCAGUGGGAGUUGAAGAAGAGCUGGCUGGAGAGGAUGUUACUGCAGCAGCUUUUCUACAGAGACAUUGGGCAAAUGGAAAAGAUCAUGAACUCUCAGGAGGUUUACCUAAGGUCCAGUGAACUGGGGACAUCUGUGGAUACUGUGGAUUCUCUCAUCAAAAGGCAUGAAGCCUUUGAGAAAUUACUGGCAACUCAGGAGGAAAAGGUGAUGUCUCUGCAGGAACAGGCAGGCAAGCUGAAAGAAGAGAGUUUAAAACGUGACGAUGCCAGCCACAUCCAGCAGAAACUCAACUCCAUCCUGGAGAGGAGGAACCGUAUUAAGGAGCUGUCCCAGAGCCGCAAGAGAGACCUGAACACUGCCCGCCUCCUGGCCCGGUUCAACCAGGACCUGACUGAGGAGGAGACCUGGAUCAGCGAGAGAACGAAGAAGUUAAAGGACAAUUCCUCUGCGGAUAUUAGUGACCUGCAGGGCAAGCUGAAGCUAUUGCAGAAACACCAGGCAUUUGAGGCUGAGAUCCUGGCCCAUCAAGCUAUUAUUACAAGUGUUACUGAGACAGGUGAGCUGCUGCUGGCUGGACACCAUCCCAAAUCCAGUGAGAUCCGUCGAAGUAUGAGGCUGCUCCUAGAACAUUGGGAGCAGCUGAAGGUAGCAGUAACUGCACGUGGAAAAAUGUUGGAGGACAACCGGGAUUUUCUGGAAUUCCUGCAGAAAGUCGAACAGGUUGAGGCAUGGAUCAGGGAAAAGGAGGUGAUGAUCAAUGUGGGUGAUGUCGGCAAAGACUAUGAGCAUUGCUUGCAGCUGCAGAAAAAGCUCAGCAAGUUCCGAGGAGCAGGGGACUUGACAGUGGAUGAUGCUCACAUCAAGACCAUCAACAGCCUGGCCACCCGACUGGAGAAGCAGAAUAAAGAUGACAUUGGGACUGUUCAGCAACGCAAACAGCAGCUAAAUGAAAGGUGGAACAAUUUCCAGGGAAAUUUGAAUAAGUACAAGAAAAAACUGACAGAGGCUCUGGAGGUUCAUGCCUUAAUCAGAGAAAUGGAUGAUAUUAAAGAAAGAAUGAGCGAAAAGAGUUUGUUGAUGCAAGGUCUAGACUAUGGCCGGGAUGUGGAAAAUGUAGAAAAACUGAUGAGGAGACAUAAAGAAACUGAACUGGAAAUCACAGUCAUCCAGGACAAGGCAGAGGCAUUGGAAGUUAAAGCCCGGCAAUUCAACAAGUACCAAUCCUCAAUAUGUGAUAAGCUCAGCCUGAAGCAAGGAGAGAUGCAGGAGAGCUGGCUUCAGCUGCAGAAGGAAGCCAAACUGCGAAGGGAGAAGCUGGAAGCCUCAUACCAGCUGCAGAAGUUCAAUAGGACUGUUCGGGAGCUGAUGGACUGGGCACAGUGGAUGAAAACACUGAUGGGAAAGGGGAGCCUGCCCAAGAGUAAGCAAGAGGCAGAGAGCAUGAUAGAGGAGCACCAAGAGAGAAAGACUGAGAUUCAGGCCAGAGUGGAGCGUUUCAAUGCUAUCAGGAAUGUUGGUGUUGAACUGGUGGCUGCAGGACACUAUGCAUCUCCGGACAUCAGGCAAGCCCUUGUCAAGGUGGAAGAAACCUGGACCACUCUGAAUGAGGCUUGGGCGGAGCGUAGCACCAGGCUGGCAGAAGCCAGUGAUCUGCAGAUAUUCUAUGGCUACAUGGAGCAGAGUGAGAGCUGGCUGAGCAAUAAAGAGGCAUUCCUGGCCAAUGAAGACAAGGGGGAUUCCCUGCCGAAUGUGGAGAACUUGCAGCAAAAACAUGAACAGUUUGAGAAAAUGGUGGAAGCUCAGCUAGAAAAGGUGAAGGUGAUGGAGAGGUUCACACUGCAGCUGAAACAGAACAAGCACUCGGACUGUGCACAGAUAACCCUCAAGUGCCAAGCAGUUCUACACAGAAAACAGAAGUUACUGGAAAACUGUGAGCAUCGCAGGAAGGUCCUAGAUCAGUCUAAACAGCUGCAAAUGUUCCUGAGAAGCUCCUAUGAGGCUGUGUCUUGGCUGAAUGAAAAGAUCAGUGUCACCCUGGAUGAGAGUUGGACAGAUCCCAGCAAUCUACAGGGCAAAUUGCAGAAACACCAAACCUUCGAGGCUGAGAUCAUGGCCAACCAGAACAGAAUCCGAAAUAUCGGCAUGGAAGGGGAGCAGAUGAUUAAUGCUGGGCAUUACGCUGUAAAUGAGAUUGAGCCCCAGACGAAACAGAUUCAAGACCUGUGGAAUGAACUGCUGGAGAAUUGCCAUGAGAAGAGGUCCAAGUUGGUGGAUGCACAUAAGGCCCUGAACUUCCAGCGAAGCAUCGACGAUGUGGAGAAUUGGCUGAGUGAGGUGGAGAAGCAGCUAGAUCAUCCUGCCCAGUGCACAGACCUGGUGUCUGUGAAGAACCUGCUCAAUAAGCAGCAAGAUCUGGAAGAAGACGUCAGCAGCUAUGUAGAGAGGAUGCAGGGUCUGCUUGACCAGUCUGAGGAGUUUAUCCAGGAAAAUCACUUCCUGGCCGAGGAGAUUCGAGACAGGGUCAGCAAUGUACUCCAAAGAUACCAAGGACUGGGAGAUCCGAUCAAGGACAGGCGCAAGAAUCUGGAGGACAAUACACGGCUUUAUCAACUGUUCCGGGAUCUCGACGCGGGGCAGGCCUGGGUUCAGGAGAAGUUGCUGUUGGCUACAUCCAAGGAUGUCGGACAAUCGCUGAACGCUGUACAGAGCUUGCAGAAGAAGCACCAGGCUUUGGAGAAUGAGAUCAGCAACCAUGAUUCCCUGAUAGAUUCUGUAAUCGAGACAGGACAGAGUCUCGUGAAGGGUGGGCACUUUGCUUCUCGAGAGAUUUCAAAGCGACUGUGGGAGCUGAAGGAUGCAGUGGAGACGCUGAAAGAGGAGGCAGAGAAGAGGAGCAAAUUGCUAAGAGAGGAGCUUGCAGCACAGCUCUUUUUCUCUGAGUUGUUGGAAGCUGAGUUAUGGAUGGAGGAGAGGAGACCACAGCUGGAGAACUCAGACUACAGGAAAGACGAGGAAUCCACACAGGUGCUGCUCCGGAAGCUGGAAAAUGUUGAGUUGGAUCUGGUCAGUUACAAGUCCAGGAUGCUCAAACUGAGGGAAACAGGGAAUAAUCUUUCCAGCAUGAGCCACCCUGACAGGCACACCAUUUUGAAGCGGCUCCAGAAUGUGGAGACUGAGUAUGAGGCGCUCCUGCGGUUAGUGGAAACCCUGCAGAAGAAGCUGGUGGACCAAUACCAACUCUAUCAGUUUGAACGAGAGGUACAGGAAGUGGCCACAUGGCUGUCCAGUAAGCAGCGCCUGGCAGAUUCCCAGGACUAUGGUCAAGACCUGGAAGAUGUGGAGCUAUUGCAGAAGAAGUUUGAAAACUUGGAGCAGGAGCUAAGUACCCUGGGUCAGCACAAGAUGUCCACAUUUCAUGAACUGGUGAAAUCAUUGAGAAAACAGUCUCACAGUUUUAUGACAGAGAUUGUGGAUCAGGCCAAUGAGAUGAACAAGCAGUGGGACACACUGCAACAAGCUGUCAAAAAUCGAGCAGAGAAUCUGAGAGCGGCACACCAGGUUCACCGAUUUGACUACGAUGUGUCUGAGCUGAAGGCCUGGAUCCAGGAGAAGGACAGCACACUGGGCACUGAUGACUAUGGCCACGAUUUAAAUCAGGUGCAGACAUUGCUACGGCAACAUGAAGGCGUAGAGAGGGAUCUGGGAGUCAUAAACAGAGAAGUUGAACGGAUUGGCGGAGAAGCCAGGAUGUUGGGUUUGAUGUAUCCACAUGUCAGGGAGAACCUGCAGGCUCUUCUGGAGGAAGUGGCAGAAUCCUGGGAUAACCUGCUUCGGAAAGCUGGAGAGCGCAAGGAGAAGCUGGUACAGGCUGAGCAGAUCCAGGCUUAUCUCAGCGAGUGUCGUAUUUUCAUGGCCUGGGUGAAUGAGAUGGACACACUGCUAGACACAGAGGAGCAGGCCAUGGCCCUGGGAAUUGAACAGCUCUGUAAACGUCACGACGAACACAAACAAGAAAUUGACAAGCAAAGAGUCAAAUACGAAGAGCUGAGAAAUACAGGAAUGAAACUGAAAGAGAACACUAAUAUCAUGUUGAAAGAGGUUGAUGAGAAGUUGAAUGAACUGUCCGAGCAGAUGGAACACGUGGUGAAAAAGUGGGAGAAGCAGAAAGAGCUGUAUGAGAAGGAGCUGUGGCGACAGGCACAGCUCAGGGAGCUUGAACUUUUGGCUGCAUGGCUGAACUCCAAGGAAGGAUUUGUAACAAGCAACAUCUAUGGGGACUCCGUCAGUGAAGUGGAUGAUUUAAUCAAGAAGCAUGAAGACUUUGAAAAGAUGCUGGCAGCUCAGGAUGAGAAGAUUGGCCAACUGGAAAAUGCGAUAAAGGGAGAAGGAUUCUGUAUGGAGGUGAAUGUUAAGGAAAAAGAAUGCAAACUGGCUCGGGUUCCCUCCCUGAAGAGAAAGACAUCAGACAAAAAGCCAGCACCAUUGAGGGUGCUUGGAAGAAUUAAUGCAGACACUGGGAGGUCACCAAAAUCCUGGUUAAAAGAGGUAGUCGUGAGUCCUGCCCCAAGGACCCCCUCAACCUCUGACCUAUUCUUCCCUCCAGGCAGAAGAACUGUGAGCCCAGAUGUUGCCGCUGGCCUAAACCAUGAUGGAGAGGACAGAAGACGAUCACUUGUCCAAUCACCUUUGUCACCAAAAUCUUUCACCCUUCACAAUUAUGAAAUAGGAAGUCCAGUAAGGAGGCCUUCAAAUCCAAUCAGGUCCAAACCAUCAGUCCCACCCAAACCACUUUCCAAGCUUUCUUCAAGUGACGAUUGCUCCAUGAAUGUCCAAGACGUAACUUCACCUACUAGAGACAGCAUCAGCGCCGAGACACCCAUUAAAUCACAAUCUAUAUCCCAAAGCCCUCCAAAGAGCCCUUCUUCAAUCCACUCUAAAACCACCCUGGAUUCUUCUCAGGGGAACCUCCCCACAUCUCAGCCAGAACAAGACACAACAUCAAUUGAAAGCUGCUCACUAGACCCUGAGUCCAGACCAGUGGAGGAGCUGGGGUCUGAUACAUCUAGGAAUGCGGAUUCUCUAACACUCACCAGGGUUCAGCUCAACCCUCAGCAAUUGAACUCUACAGACAUACCGAAUAGUGAAAAGGUUGCUGAAGGAUAUCAGACUAUGGAGGGCACACUUGACCGAAAGCACAAACUGCAGCCCGGAGGAACUAAGGCCGACUCCAAACUCUGGGCCACCUAUUUUGUGAUUCUGGAGGGACAAGCUCUCUGUUUCUACAAGAACAAGAGUGAUACUUUGACGGAUUCCCCGUGCUCUCCAUCUCUCACUGUCAUCCAUGCAAGGUGCGAGGAAGCUACCAAUUACAGGAAGAAGGAGCACACUUUCCGUUUACGGCUCAGUGAUGAGGCUGAAUAUCUCUUCUCUGCUCCUUCGGGCAAACUGAUGGGUGAGUGGAUCCAGAAGAUCAGGACCAAUGCAGGUUCUGGUGAAGCAAGCUUGUCAUCUGACAAUAUCUCUCCUUCGCAGUCUCCACAAGUCUCCUGGGAACCAUCCAAGGCAAAGUCCCACCUCACUACAGGGAGCCCUGUGAAGAUGGGGAGCCCCUUGGGGAAACUUGGAAACAGCAAAGACUUACUUCCCAGGAGAACUCCAUCUUUCAGACUUAAACAAAGCAGCUCAUCGAACCUGUCCGCACAGGGAGGUGAGGGCCAACAGGACAGAUGUGGAAACAAUAACACCGUGCUGGGAGCAAACAGGACAGAUCCCAGUGCAAUGAGUAAUUCAACAGGAGAUGAGCGGUCAGUGUCAGCUCCUCCACCAAAACCUCGUCACACCUAUUAUAACAUCCACCUGUAUCCAGAGGGUGGGGAACAGAAGGAUCUGAGCUUGAGCACAGAUAUCAGAAAGACCCUGGGCAGUACCCCCAAUCUGUGCGUGGAACGAAGGCACUCAGGCCUCUCCAGCAACCGAGAGGUGUGUGAAAGUCGGCGGAAGACCUGGGAGCCAGAGAAGACGGUGACAUCCAGCACUUUCAUGAUGCCAACGUGGCAUCACACGCAGGACACGGACAUGGAAAGCAGGAAGAAAAAGGAGAAAAAUGUUUUCAAGAAGAUUUUUACAAAGAAGUAACUUAAAGUUGCCUCAACCUUGGUCUCUGACUGUAACAUUUAAUCAGGAACUGCACAGUGCCGAGCUUCACAAGUGUGCCUACCUACAGCGAGUCAGUGUGUGUGGGAAUAUAACAAUCUGGAAUAGGUGUUUUAUGUAGAAAUGUGUCAUUCUAAAACAUAAGAAAUAGGAACUAGAGAAGGCAAUUCUGUCUCUCAACUCUGCUCUGUCAUUCAAUAAGGACACAACUGAUCUACUUCAAUUCCAUUUCCCCGUUUUCUUUGUAUCUAAUACACUCAACGACUGAACAUCCACAAUCCUCUGGGGUAGAGAAUUCAAAGACUCACAACCCUCUGAGUGAAGAAAUUUCUCCUCAUGUCCAUCCUAAAUGGCCAAUCCCUUAUUCUGAGACUGCCUUUUGGUUCUACAUUCCCCAGAAAGGGGAAACAUCCUCUAGGCAUCUACCCUGAGCAACCCCAUAACCUCUCAUUCUUCUAAACCCCAGGGGAUACAGGCCUAUUCGACUCAAUCUCUCUUCAUAGAACAAUUCCUUUUCCCAGGAAGCAGUCUAGUGAACCUCCAUUACACUCCCUCUAGGACAAGUAUGCCCUUCCUUAGGCAAGAUGACCAAAACUGCACACAUUACUCCAGGUGUAGCCUCACCAAAGCCCUAAAAAAAUUGCAGUAAGAGCUCUUUACUCUUGUACUCCAAUCCCUUUGUAAUGAAGGCCAACAUUCCAUUUGCCUUCCUAAUUGUUUAUUGUACCUGCACAUUAACUUUCUGCGAUUCAUGUACAAGGACACCCAGGUCCCUCUGUGUACCAACAUUUUCCAUUCUCUCACCAUUUAGAAGAUACUUUGCUUCCUUAUUUUUCCUUCCAGAGUGGAUAACUUCACACAAUUCCACAUUAUAUUCCAUCUACCACAUUCUUGCCCAAGCACUUAAUCUGUUUAUACCUCUCUGCAAGUCUCUUCUUCACCCCCUACUUUCCCAUCUAACCUUGUAUCUUUGACAAACUUAGAUAUAUUACACUCAGUCCCUUUAUCUAAGUCAUUGAUAUAGAUUGUAAAUAGCUGAGGCUUGAGCACUGAUCUUUGUGGUACCCUACUAGUUAUAACCUGCCACUCCAAAAGUUACCCUUUUAUUCCUACUCUGUGUUUUCCAUUAAUUAACUAAUCUUCAAUUCAUGCUAAUAUAUUCCCCCAAUCUCCUGAGCCCUAAUUUUGUGUUAUGAGUACUUGCGUGACACAGUGUCAAAUACGUUUUGAAAAUCUAAAUGUACCACAUCCAGUGGCUCUCCCUUAACCAUCCGGUUAAUUACAACCUCAAAACUCGGAUUUGUCAACAACGUUUUCCCUUUUAUAAAUCAAUGUUAACUCUGCUUGCCAUUUCAACACACCACCCUGUUCUCAUGCCCACAUGUCCGUCCUUGGCCUGCUGCAAUG